AGUACGAAGAAAGGACAUUUUGGCGAGAGCAAAGGUCGGCUUUGGGGAUUUUCCAUGGAGAAGGGGGAAGUAGUACGCCGUACCAAGCUCGGUCCAGCCGCCGGCGGCGGCGGAGGACGAGGAGGAGGAGCACGCCGUCCCAAGAUGGGUCCAGGCGGCGGAGGAGCCGACCUCAUCAGCGCCCUCCCGGAGGAUCUGCUUCUCCAGGUCCUCGGGUGCCUCCGAUGCGCCCGCGCCGCCGCGCGCACCAGCAUCCUCUCCCGCCGGUGGCGCGGCCUCUGGACCCGCCUCCCCGACCUCGUCUUCCGCGGCGUCGCGCUCCGCUCCCUCCAAGCGGCGCUCGCCUCGGUCCAAGCCGCGGCCGGCCCCGUGGGGGUGACCCUCCUCGACAUGUGCGUUCCCGACGCGCUCCUACACUCCGUCCGCGAGUACGACAUGCCCCCGCUGCUCCACGCCGCCGCGGCGCUCUCGCCGGUGGACCUCCGCCUCGCCGUGGGGGAGGGCACGCAGCGCCUGUACGUGCAGGUGGAGGUGCCCCGCCUCCCCCGCGCCAUCUCGGUGGAGCUUCAAGGCCUGGAUCUCGUGUUCGCCGACCCGCGCCGCAGCUGGCUGGGGUUCCCCGCGCUGGAGACGCUCUCCCUCACCGGCUGCCGCGCCAACCUCACGGACCUGGUCCUCCGCUGCCCGCGCCUGCGCGUCUUCAGACUCAGGGAGGACCACGGCGCCCACCACAUGAACAUCAUCAUCAGGUCCUCGUCGCUGCAGGAGCUCCAUGUGGACACCAGGAUCCCCUUCACCUACCGCAUCGACAUCAGGGCGCCCGCGCUCAAGCGAUUGGCCAUGUCCUUCAGCACCAGCGACAAGAUCAUUGUGCUGGUGUCCGUUUUGGCGCCAAUGCUGGAGACGGUCUCAUGGCGCUGCACCUAUUCCACAGUGUCUGCCCGGUUUGGUCUUUGGGGCCUCUCAGAGGUGAGGUUACAGACGGAGGAGAACAAUGGACAUGGCGGGCAGCUUCCUCCUCACGUCAAUGUCCUGUCGCUCUUCGUGGCUGCAGAUGAUUCAUAUGAGUUUCCAGAGGAAGUCAGCCUUAGGACGGAGAUAGAGAAACAUAUGGUUACCCAUUUCUCUGUUUUGGAGCUACGUGUCGAAACGUGGGGGCAUGUUUUUGGAGCAUUUGCAUUGCACAUCCUUGAAAUGGAUCAGAUUUCCACUGCUAUACAAAGCCUUAAAGUCAUCCUGCUGAGUUCAGAGGAUGAUGAAGCAUGCCCACAAAAUUGCCCUUGUGAGGAGCCCAGUAACUGGAGAAGCCAAACUAUCUCCUUGACCAAUCUUGAAAAAGUGGAAAUCAAAGGCUUCCAAGGAGAAGGUCAUGAGUUUGAUUUCUUGAAACUGGUAUUUAGAUGCGCACCAAUGCUGAAAACAAUGUCUGUGAGGCUGUCAGAUGAGGUCACAGCAAGUAACGACGAUUGCUGCAAGAAAAUACAUGACGUCUUCAAGAUGUAUCCUUUUGUGGAAUGCAAUGUGAUUGUGGAUCUUAGUCCUGAGUCAACAGACAGCAGCCAUGGUGGUGCCUCGACAUGAUCCUCAGUUGCCACAUUUGCCGAAUCAGUGGAGCCACAGGCACGAAAUGUUGCGCUCUUAGUUAAUGCAUUAGCGGUAGCCAUUGCCUGAUUGGGUAGCAAUUACCAGAUUUAGUGGACUCAACUUAUGUCAGCCUGCCUAAGUGAUGUUCUGUAAGCCUAUUAUGGCUUGUAUGCUUUUCUUGGCCAGCAUGUUCCUGAUUAGCUAACUCGGUAUGGCACUACAUGGUCGUUUAAGGCAUCACUGCUUAAAAUGUUGGAAGGAAAAAUGAAGUUGCAUACUACACUAAAACAUCUGGCGCACAACUGCGUUGUCAAGUGUUGUGGAAAUGGGUAGCACCUACAGUGGCCAGAGCUUUUCAUGACGCCGUCGCCUCAUUGUGGCCUCAACUGGGUGUGAUGAAGUCUGUUGGAGUUGAGUUUGUGCUUUGGUUCAUUUGAUGCUCUGUACCAUCCUAAUCAAACUAGCCUCAGAUUCAAACUGCAGCAAUCUGGAAUAGUUUCUGUGCAUUCCGGAUGGGUUGAUCCCAUGGUUGUCUGAAUUUUAUGUAGUAUGAAAAGGUUUGUGACAUUCCCAUAUGAAAAAGAUUUGCUGUUCUUGCUAAGGAAAUUGUGUCCUUGA